AUGGCUGCGGACUCGCGGCUACAGAAGAUGUUGAUGUCGGGAGAAUACUCCGAGCUAGAGGACAAGGUUCUUGUAGAGGGGGCUUUUAUUGAACUAGACAAACGUGGUGACGCUAUCAGGCAGGUCCUACUGGGGCUAACCAGGGAUAGCUUUAUCGUCGCAAAGGAUGUGAUCAAAGAUUACCGGAAAAUCCCGUCUGUAAAGUAUGACGCGGACGUCGAUCUAGAUAUCAAUGAUUUGGAAAUGGAAUGGAUCAUCCCCGUCUGCUUUUUAGAAAUCACUCGAAUUCCGCACAAACGUAUGUUGAACAUUCUGUCUCGUAAUGGACGUCAUCGUUAUUACAUGAUGACGAAUAUCGGCGGGAACGCUAAGAAGAAAUGGAGCGCGUGGAUGGAACGUGUUAAGUAUAUUCAUGACGAUCCGUAUGGUUAUAUCAAACAACUUUACAAUCAGUGGAAUGACAACUUCGAAAUUUUCGAUUUGGAGGACAGAAAUGGGAAAAACAGCACUGCCACCGUAUUACCAGAUAUUAUUGAUGAAAAUAUGGCGUUAGCAAGCUACAAAAUGAGAAGCACGCGCGCUAAAAGUAUCGUGCCAGAAAACUGGCAUGACAUUUUGGGAAUAAAAACCAGUAGUCUUGACACAGAACAAGUGACUGGAGGCAAAAUAGAUAUAGAUGCAACAAAAGCCAAAUAUAGCACUGAUACGAAUCAAAAAUCAAAAAAGUGGAAGAAAAAACUUCGGUUUAACCUUUCUACCAAUAAAUCUUAUACUUGCAGCUGUUUUAGAUAA